AAGAAAGCUUUCUCAUUAAUAAAUAAAUUAUUCAAUUAUUGCGUCUGCGACGACUUACUGUUCAGAUAUUUGUUUAUGUGGUUAUUUAUAUCUUGUCGAUAUUUAUUUGCCAAUAUCUUAGAAGUGAAAAUUAUUAAUUAUCUAUGUUGUAGAUUUGUACAAUAGCUGGUUGAAAAGGUGUAAUGAUCCGCAUUCAUAUCGUACAAAGUGUAAAGAAUAUGUUCCACUAUCGCGAGAUAGAUAAGCCAUCGUUUCUUUCUUAUCUACUUAUCACACAGGGUAUGAAUCAGUGCGAGCAUGAUAGACGCCAUUUAGUUAAAAGCAAGUUAAGUUCAAAGCAACUUGUUCUCCACCUCUUCUACGUUGUACGUCUUUUUCUACGUUGUAUCGUGAAAGUUUUUCAAAAUGUGCUCAAAAAGGUUUAUGUGUUAUUUGGCUAUCGCUUUACUUGUGAUGGGAACAUUCCUGGAGGAAGUCGAAGCGAGGCGCAAAAUUCUGAGGGGCCGAAAGACCAUAAACAGACAAUAUUACAAAGGCACAGCCAUACCGGCCUGGGCGAUAGUGGUUUUGGCGGGCGUCGCUAUGCUAUUGGUCGGCGCUGGACUCUUCGUGGUGCUGCAGAAAUUCGUGGUUGACGCCGCUGACACCGGCGAGCAUCACACUUAUCAGCCUGCUUUGCAGAUAGAAAGUUGAAUCUACUCUCUAUUGGCUAGCCAGGACAGACGUAUCUGUUACGAGACACCGAAUAUAACCAUUAUAAAUUAUCUAACGCAGAAGGCUAGGGAAAAGAAACGUGCUUCUUCUAGAAACACAAUGGUGUGUUCUCGCUUUAUUUCCGCAUAAUUAUUCUGGAUCUUUGUAUUUAUCUAAUUAAUCUCCUGAAUCUUGCAUUAGGUAAUAUCAAAUUGUACGAUACCGUUGCCCACAGAAUAUUAACAUUCAAGUAAAAUCGUCACUUGUUAUCGAAUUGUUUGUGACCUUCAAAGCGGGAGAAGAGGAACGCAAUUCGUUCGUAGGUUUCUUUACGCAUUGCUUGGAUACUUCAAUGGAUUUUGUUGCAUGGACAACAUACAGACACACACACUCACACA